UGUUGCAUACAAUUGCUGCUACCUUCAGUUUAUUUUGUACCAGCCUUAUCUCUAUUUAUAGACAGAGAAUUAUCACUGACUUGUUGGUUCCCCUGAUUCAUAACAAAGGAGACUGAAGUGGACAUUUUGUGGUGAAUAAGAUGGGCAGAAUAUUCCUGGAACAUAUGGGUGGCGUUAGGCUUUUCUCAUGUGCUAGAUGCGACACAAAUCUAACAAACCGAUCAGAAUUAAUCAGUACUCGAUUCACUGGUGCUACCGGCAGAGCAUUUCUUUUCAACAGAGUUGUGAACUUGACAUACAGUGAAGUUCAGGAUAGAGUUAUGCUUACUGGUAGACAUAUGGUUCGUGAUGUGUCUUGCAAAUCCUGUGAUUCCAAACUUGGUUGGAUGUACGAGUUUGCUACUGACGAAAAUCAAAGGUACAAAGAAGGUAGAGUGAUUUUGGAGAGGGCUUUGGUAACUGAAACUGAUGGAAUGGAAGAAAGGGUUUCCUUUAAUGAUAAUUAAGUAUUAUUUAAUUUAUAUGUUUUGCAUAUUCUAUCAC